AUGGAUUCCGAGUUAGGGUUGUUAUCUGUAACUUCAAUGGUUGCAAAUCACUACUUUCCUCCUUGGUUUAGUGUUGCUCCGAUGAUGGAUUGGACAGAUAAUCAUUAUAGAACUCUUGCACGCCUCAUUUCAAAACAUGCUUGGUUAUAUACCGAGAUGCUUGCCGCUGAAACUAUUGUUUAUCAAAAGGGUAAUCUGGACAGAUUCUUGUCAUUUUCUCCAGACCAACAUCCUAUUGUGCUUCAAAUCGGAGGCAGUAAUUUAGAGAAUUUGGCGAAAGCAACUGAACUCGCUGAUGCUUACGGCUAUGAUGAGAUCAACUUCAAUUGCGGAUGCCCUAGUCCUAGAGUAGCUGGACGUGGGUGCUUUGGUGCGCGUCUCAUGCUUGAGCCAAAGUUUGUUGCCGAGGCUGUUUCAGUAAUAGCUGCCAAUACAAAUGUACCUGUCAGUGUCAAAUGUCGAAUCGGCGUAGAUGAUCAUGAUUCAUACAAUGAACUAUGUGAUUUCAUUUACAAGGUCUCUUCUCUGUCACCUACUAGGCAUUUCAUAAUUCACUCAAGAAAGGCACUACUGAAUGGCCUCAGUCCCGCUGAAAAUCGGACUAUUCCUCCACUGAAAUAUGAAUACUUUUAUGGCCUCUUGCGCGACUUUCCCGACUUAACAUUUACAAUCAAUGGUGGCAUUACUAGUAUUGAAGAGACCAAUGCAGCUCUAAAGAUUGGCGCUCACGGUGUUAUGGUUGGACGUGCUGCCUACCACAACCCUUGGCAUAUUUUGGGAAACGUUGAUACUGGAAUUUAUGGUGUACCAAAUAUUGGUCUUACACGUCGUCAGGUCUUGGAGAAAUACCAAGUUUACGGAGACUCAGUGUUACUACAAUAUGGAUUUCGGCCAACUGUGCGAGACAUUGUGAAGGUACGAACAGACAAAUAG